AUGCAAAUAGUACAAGACGGUAUCAGAGGCAAUAUCAGUAAACACGAGCGGCCCGAGGGCGGCGGCGGCGGCGCCCUCCGCGCCCGGACACUUGUCCUACUUCACACGACACUGAUAAUACCAGAUUGCCAGAUUUUUGGAUGUUUUACCGUAAGUAAUACGCGCCUUUAUACUGACUGCCAAAAAGGUGCUCCCCAUUUCGUCUUUGUGGAUCUUUCGUUUUGCAGUCGGCGAGCUGAUGGAUUGGAAAAAUUU